CGCUGUUGUCACAGUGUCGAGUAAUUUUAUAGCUGGUAGUUUGGUCACUGUACAUGUCCUCAAGAGGACGAUCCUCAGUGAUGCAACAACCUGUGACGAUAUACAUGUUCCGAGACAGCCAUCCAAUUACUAAGUAGAAAACCCUAUCGUCGUUCUCGCGCAAAUGCGUUCUAGGUUCCUGAUUGGCCACAUUUAUCACAUGGACCUACAGAGUAGAUAGGAAACGGAGUAGUGGCAAGUGGCGCGAUCUUUUCUUACGAUAGUCAAGUUCCAGUAUGUUAAUGUUCACGUAAUUGCCUCGUAAGGUAAACGUCAGUGAUUCUUCUCUAUAUGCAUCAGCUGUAACAGCAGGUUUGUAUGAAAUAGAGGACCAUCUCCGCCGAUUGCAAACAUGACGGAGGAAACAAGUUCAGGUCUAUCCACAGGCCAUCCAUACUGGCCACGUAACCUGUCCCUUCCAAGCUAUGUUCCUAAUGACCGGUCUAUGACAGAAAUCCUGGUCUUCCUGUUCUCAGUGUCAGGGGGGCUGCUGUUGGGUACCUGGGCACUGACUGGGAAGAAAGUGGCAGGAGGGAGGCUCAGUGCUGGGAGACGGUUAGCUCUCUGUUGGUUUACUGUGUGUGGCUUCAUCCAUGGAGUCAUUGAGGGCUGGUUUGCCCUUUUCUAUUCGACCAUUGUCUCUGAUCAGAGCUUGCUUUCACAGCUGUGGAAAGAGUAUUCUAAAGGGGACAGCCGAUACAUCAUCGCUGACAACUUCACAGUCUGCAUGGAGACCGUGACCGCUUGCCUGUGGGGCCCCUUCAGCCUAUGGCUGGUGCUGGCGUUCUUGUACAAUCAGCCCUACCGCUAUGUACUACAGCUUAUCAUCUCCCUGGGUCAGCUUUAUGGGGCCGUGCUCUACUUUUACACAGAACAUAGAGAUGACUACAUACACAGCGAAUAUGGACAUCCCAUCUACUUCUGGUUCUACUUUGUCUUCAUGAACGUCCUCUGGAUAGUCAUCCCGUUUGUUCUAAUUGUGGAUGCGUGGUGUCAGCUCUCAACUGUCCAAGCCCUUUCAGACAGAGCAAUGUCUCAGUCAAGUAAACGCAAGGCUAAUUAGUGAGGAGUACUUUAAUUUAGUCUUACAGCCCAUCCAAGAUGUUGUCCCUUGGAUUGUAUUGUUUAAAAUGGUGCAUCACGGACACAUUGACAAUUCACCUCAUGAUGACACUAAUGCUGCUUGGGCCUUUUUCAUUAAUGUAUUACACUGUGAUCCAUGACAUUUUAUUUUUCAUAAGUUUAUAGCUUUUAAAAUAUAUGAUGUGCAGAAGUUCGUCUUCUAAGAUCAUUCUGUUCAUAUUGAAAGGCAAGGUGGAUAGGUCCUUUGUACUAUCAUUGUUUCCAAAUAAAAUAUGAAAUCAUUUCCA